GAAAUGACAAUAUGGAGUAAGCCAGCACUGGGAAUGCCGGUCUUGGAUUCUAACAGUAUGCGGACAAUAAUCCAUGCAAGCACACCUGCAGCCGUGGGUUUCAAACAUCCUAUCUCAACCCAUCUUUCAUUAUCUUUCCUGUGCAGAAUCAUUGCUUAUCGCAGCUCCUCUACUGGCACACCAUUUACCAACAAUGGGGGUUUCCUCCUUAUCGAGCAACCAUCAUGCAGGGAACGCAGGGAACCAAGCUUUCUUGACCAGGAUACCAUAGCUUCGACAAGCUCGUUCCUGAACUUCUCAGAAGAUAAAGUUGUAGCAGUUCAACCAUGGCGUCCAAAUUUCUCCGGGCUGCCCUCACAGCUCUUGUCUUGGUGACAUAUGCAACAGCUCUUGUCUCUCCAGCUGGUCACACCGUCGUAGUUAAUGGCAUCACUUAUUACGCUGCUCCUGAGCCGGUAUCCAUUAUUUCGGCUACGGCAGACCAGUUAAAGAGCGCGACUACCACCGGUGUGGAUUUGAUCCCAUUGACGGUACUGGAGGAUAAGAGUAGCUCGUUUACUACUGCGAUGUUCAGGUCGCUGGCGGGUAAUUAUACGGCUUCCGAUGAUGUGUUUAAUAUUGGGUUUUUGCAAGCUGUAUACCUCAAACACAGUGGUACUGCACCAGCGACUGUCAAAUACCCUCUCGGAUCUGCUCUCACACAAUACGGAACUAAACUUUUCAUGUCUGCUCGUGCAUACCAGAGUUCUGUCGAAUCUCAAGGAUACAGCAUCACAGGAUGGAGAACCGAACUCCCUCCGGGACCUUACUUCAUGUCAGCUUCGACUGGCGAGGUUUACCAGGCUUACCGAUUGUAUAGCGAUGUACAGGGUGCUUUCACAGAGGGACUAAAGCCGAACAUUGAUCGGAGUUUCUCAGUUCUGUCAGCUUCUAUCAGUGGUGUUCAGAGUGUAACGAUUGGAGUUCCGUCGAAGCUGUACUUUAACAAGACGGCUGCUAAGCCACUUGCUGGUGUAAGAGUUGGUAUCAAGGAUAUUUACGAUAUCACUGGUGUCAAAACGAGCUCUGGAAACAGGGCAUACUUCGACUUGUACCCUGAACGUUCCAAGACCGCAACAGCAGUUCAGAACCUCAUUGACGCAGGAGCCGUCAUUGUAGGCAAGAUGAAGACUUCUCAAUUCGCAAAUGGCGAAUCUGCAACUUCAGACUGGGUCGAUUACCAUUGCCCAUUCAAUCCUCGCGGCGAUGGCUACCAAGACCCAUCAUCCUCUUCCUCAGGUCCAGGAGCUGGUAUUGCCGCUUACGAAUGGCUCGACCUCACACUCGGCUCCGACACAGGCGGCUCUAUCCGCAGCCCAUCAGGAGUAAAUGGGUGCUAUGGGAACCGUCCGUCGACCGGCCUUGUCUUCCUCGACAACACUAUGCCUCUCUCUCCCGAUAUGGACACAGCCGGCUUUCUAGUCCGUGAUCCCCUCCUCUGGCAUACGGCCGCCAAAGCCCUCUACAAAUCCAACAUCAACAGCAACUUCACCUCCUUUCCCAAGAAGAUAAUCACUACCGGCUUCCCUACUUCUGCAACAUCAGAAGCUGGAACCAUCCUCCUUGACUUCUUGACUAAACUCACAACUUUCCUAAAUGCCACAUCCACCGCUCUAGACAUCAAUGCCGCCUGGGCAUCUACCCGUCCCGUCGAAGCAGGCGGGAAUUCUCUCACCCAGUUCAUGGGCACUGUCUACCCGAUCCUGAUCUCACAGCAACAAUAUCGACUCCUGACACUACCGUUCUACUCCGACUACGCAGCUGCUCACGACGGGCGGAGACCAUUCAUCAAUCCUGUUCCGUUGACGAGAUGGGCGUAUGGGCAGGGAUUUCCUGCGGAGGCAGAGCAACAGGCAUUGGUUAAUAAGACGGUGUUUACGGAGUGGUGGAAAAGUAAUGUGGUGUUGGAGAGUGAGGAGAGUUGUAGUGAGAGUUUGUUGUUGUAUCCUGGGGCUUCGGGGAAUCCGAAUUAUCGGAAUACAUAUAGGAGUGCUCCUGGUGCCCCGACUGGUUUCAGUAUCGGUCGUGUCUCGAACUUUGCAGGUGUUCCGGAUAUCGUGUAUCCUCUCGGCCAAGUAUCCUACCAAUCAAGUAUAACUCUCAAGACGGAGUUCCUACCUGUAACAGUCGACAUUGUCGCUGCCAAAGGAUGUGAUGGGAUGUUGUUCGAGUUGGCUGCUGCAUUGUAUAAAGCGGGGAUAUUGAAGGUGCCGAAGACUGGCAGUCAGGCGUUUUAAUAACAAUUUAUGAGUAACGAAGAGUUGGGUUUGAGUAUUUAAUGUCUCAAUGAAAUGUUCAGAAAAUG